UGUGUACCUGUGUCAAUCAAUCUUUUCCACUUUGAAAUUACUAUAAAUGUUGGAUCUUUAUAGCAUGACAGGUCUUGAGUGUUGUCUUCGUAGUAUAAGUUCCUGAUUGCAACUCAUUCAUCCUACGGUGGUAGUGUACAUUGCAUUUCCCGGUUUACCUUUUCAGAAAAAAGUUAUCCUGGUUUAGUUUCUCCAGUUUCCUUAGUCAGUGGAUUAACCAUGUCAUACGCCAUUUACAACUCAUACUUGUAACCAGUUGCAGCUCUAGAAAUAGAAAGAGAGAUUUCAAUCUUUAGAGAUGGAGACUGAUGUUCCAAGCAGUCAUGUACCAGAAGAAAAGCACAAACUAAACAAAACAAUGAAGAGAACACUCAUAAUAUUGAACUGCAUAAUGUUGGGGCUCGGCAACUGUGGUGGUCCUUUGAUUCAGCGUCUCUACUUUCUUAAAGGAGGCAAGAGAAUUUGGUUCUCAUGCUGGUUACUAACUGCUGGUUGGCCAUUUCUUUUGUUUCCACUCCUGAUUUCUUAUGCUUAUCGUAGAAGCAAAGAAGGUCCUGCAACAAAAGUUUGGUCUGUCAAGCCUAGAUUGUUCCUUUGUUGUGCCUUUAUUGGCCUUUUAACAGGGGUGGAUGAUUAUUUGGCUGCUUAUGGCGUUUCGCGCCUUCCUGUCAGUACCUCUGCUCUUAUAAUUGCCACUCAAUUGGCAUUUACUGCCGCAUUUGCCUUCCUCCUGGUUAAGCAAAAGUUUACACCUUUUAUCAUCAAUUCAAUAUUUUUAUUGUCUCUUGGUGCUGUAGUGCUUGGAUUUCAUUCUAGCACCGAUCGUCCUGCUCAUGAUUCCAACGUGCAAUACUACAUUGGUUUCUUUAUGACACUUGGAGCAUCUGCGUUAUACGGAUUUGUUUUGCCGCUGAUGGAGCUAACUUGCAAGAAAGCUAAGCAAGUCAUCACUUAUUCUCUGGUCAUGGAGAUGCAGUUGGUCAUAUCCUUCUUUGCAACUGCAUUCUGCACUGUAGGAAUGCUUAUCAACCAUGACUUCGCGGGCUCUCUCUCUCUCUUUAGCUCUACAUGUUUAUCUGCAAUUACAAGAGAGGCAAGAGAAUUUGAGCUUGGACAAUCAAGAUACUAUGCAACGCUGGUAUCAAACGCAUUUUUGUGGCAAUUCUUCCUCUUGGGGGCCAUUGGAGUCACUUUUCUUGUCUCAGCAUUGCUCUCUGGUAUCGUAAUUGCUACUCUGCUGCCGGUGACAGAGUCCUUAGCGGUAUUGUUCUUCCAUGAAAGAUUCCCAGUUGAAAAAGGAAUUUCUCUUGCUUUGUCUCUUUGGGGUUUCCUCUCUUACUUCUACGGCGAACUCCAAGAGAUCAAGAAAAAGAAGAAGGAAGUAGAAUUAGGGUCCGUUUGUACUUGAAUCAUUGGCGUUAUUAGUGGCAUACCAUACAUGUUUUAGUUGGUGUUUGUGAAUAGGAAGCCUGUGGCUUCUACUCCAGGAAGGGCUGCUUUGAAGGUUAUCUGCUUGAAUUGGGACAUUGUAGCUGUCUUUUGUGCUUACAAUGAAAAAUGAAGAAAUUCAAGCUUCUGUACAAUCACACAAAUAUUUGUUUUUUAUCUAA